GGCAAUACACAGGAAAAACCCUAGUAUCUGUUGUGGUAACCUGUGAAAAUGUCCACCCGACUAGUUUGUAUCAAUGACUAUGAACAACAAGCUAAACUGGUACUUCAAAAGUCUGUCUAUGACUAUUAUAGAUCUGGGGCAAAUGACCAGGAAACUUUGGCUGAUAAUGUGGCAGCAUUUUCUAGAUGGAAACUUUAUCCACGGAUGCUCCGGAAUACUGCUGAAAUAGACCUGUCGACUUCCAUUUUAGGACAAAGGAUCAGCAUGCCGAUAUGUGCUGGAGCGACCGCCAUGCAGUGCAUGGCACAUGAGGAUGGGGAGCUUGCAACCGUGCGAGCCUGUCAGUCCUUGGGGACAGGUAUGAUGCUGAGUUCCUGGGCCACCUCCUCAAUUGAAGAAGUGGCAGAAGCUGGUCCUGAUGCACUUCGCUGGAUGCAGUUGUACAUCUACAAGGACCGAGAAGUCACUAAGCAGCUAGUGCGGCGGGCUGAGCGGAUGGGCUAUAAGGCCAUCUUUGUGACAGUGGACACCCCUUACCUGGGCAACCGCUUUGAUGAUGUGCGUAACAGGUUCAAGCUGCCACCACAACUCAGACUGAAAAAUUUUGAAACCAACGAUUUAGCAUUUUCUCCUAAGGAAAAUUUUGGAGAUACCAAUGGACUUGCUGCAUAUGUGGCUAAAGCAAUAGAUCCAUCUAUCAGCUGGGAAGAUAUCAAAUGGCUGAGAGGACUGACAUCGCUGCCAAUUGUUGCGAAGGGCAUUUUGAGAGGUGACGAUGCCAAAGAGGCAGUUAAACAUGGUUUGAAUGGGAUCUUGGUGUCCAAUCAUGGAGCUCGACAACUAGAUGGGGUGCCUGCCACUAUUGAUGUUUUGCCAGAAAUUGUGGAGGCCGUGGAAGGGAAGGUAGAAGUCUUCCUGGAUGGAGGUGUGAGAAAAGGCACUGAUGUUCUGAAAGCUCUGGCCCUGGGUGCCAAGGCUGUGUUUGUGGGGAGACCAAUCAUAUGGGGAUUGGCUUUCCAGGGGGAGAAAGGUGUCCAAGAUGUCCUUGAGAUACUAAGGGAAGAAUUCCGGUUGGCUAUGGCUCUGAGUGGGUGCCAGAAUGUGCAAGUCAUUGACAAGACAUUGGUGAGGAAAAAUCCUUUGGCUGUUUCCAAGAUCUGACACUGCACAAUAUUUUCCCAUCUGUAUUCUUUUUUUCAGCGUGUAUUACUUGACAAAGACACACUGUGCAGACGGUGACCACAGUCUAUAAUUCCCCUCUUCGAUACAAAGGGUGUCGUUCUUCUCCAACAAAAUAGCAAUCCCUUUUAGUUCAUUGCUUUUGACUAUUCAAUGGGUGUCCUAGGAACCUUUUAGAAAGAAAUGGAUUUGCAUCCUGGAAAUAUAUUAACUGUUAAAAAGAAAACAUUGGAAAUGUGUUUAGACAACGUCAUCCUCUGGCAGGCUGAGGUGCUGGAAAACAAAAGAUAUUCUUUGGUAAAAUUAAAAGUAGUGAACACUUAGGUAAAGAUAAUGAUUUCACUGUUUGUUACCUGCAUUGUGUUAAAACAGUGAUUCUUUAAUUGCAGCUUGGGCUCAAAAUGUUAGAAAUGCCUACAAAUAUAGGAAUUUUGGAUAGAAUUGGCAUGGGUUGUAGUAAUUUGUGAUUUUCUAAGAUACUUUUUUAACACCUUGAGCAAUGCUACUCCUUUCAAUGUAGACUCCAAUCACAUGUUUAGUGUCUGAAAGAAAUAAAGCAUUUUUAAAAAAGAA